AUGGAUGAUCAGGGGUACGGGGAUGUGGGGUACACCUACCCUGACCUGGCAGAUAUUAAAACGCCCGUGUUGGAUGGUCUCGCUUCUAAAGGGUUGAUAAUGAACAGACACUACUCAGCUUGGAUGUGUACUCCUACACGUGCCAGUAUCAUGACUGGUAAAUACCCUAUAACUCUAGGUAUCCAGCACGACAUAUUCUCACCCCACACAGAGGAAUGUCUAAACGAAAAGGAGCUCCUCCUCCCUGAAGUUAUCCGCCACAACGGCUACGCCACCCACUUGGUCGGCAAAUGGCACUUGGGGUACGCCCGCUGGUCCUGUUUCCCGUGCAUGCGCGGCUUCGACACCGCAUACGGCUACGUAAACGGAGAGAUCGGAUAUAAUAGUCACAUGAUCAGUGGUUACUACGACUUCUACGAGUGUUCAUACAGUGAUGAGGAGGGUCUAAACUGGGACAUACUGACAGAAGAUAAGGGUAUCUACUCGCUCUACCUCUAUAACAAACGAGUGAGGCACAUCGUGCAGGAACAUGACCCUGACCAGCCCCUUUUCCUUUACCUUCCCAUGCAAUCCGUACACUCGGACUACUAUGCACCCAAGAAGUUUUUCGACUGCACGGACUCUCCGCGCUGUACAAUGCAGGCUAUGUUAAAGGCAGCGGAGGAGUUGUUAACUGAUUUUAUUCAGUAUUUGAAGGAUGCAGGAAUGUGGGAGAAUACUCUGCUUGUUUAUCACUCUGAUAACGGAGCCCCAAAAAGCAAGUACACCUCAAACGGCCCCCUCAAAGGUUCCAAAUCCCACCUGUGGGAGGGCGGGGUCCGCACAGUUGGUUUCCUCUACAGUGAAAACGAGGAGAUCCUCCAACACCGGGGCUCUACUGACUGCUACGUGCACGUGUCGGACUGGUACCACACCCUCAUAGCUGUCUCAGGGGGCUGGGACGCGUACACCGAGGCAACAGGGCUGGAAAUGCCUGCGGAGUUGGACAGUGUGGACCAGUCUGACUACCUGUUGUUUGAUAACACAGAUAUGGUGUGUCCCCGUACUCAGAUCAUGUUGCAUAUUGACCCGGUUAAGAGGGUAGCCGGGUAUUUAAAACAGGAGUAUAAACUGCUGGUAGGACCGCAGCAGAGCAGUGCGGCGUGCAGUCUCUAUAAGUUCUACCCUCUCAACAUUUCCUCUAUAGACUUCACCAUUAUACAGCUAUUUGAUAUAUUCGAGGACCCUAACGAGGUGAAUAACAUAGCACACACCCACCCUGAUGUAGUUGCAGAGCUAGCAGGUGAUAUAGCUGAUUAUCUGUCCCAUCAGAACCCGCUCACAUGCCAGCUGCCUACUAUUGAUGGUAGUUAUCCUACUGAUAGUGUGCCUUAUUAUCUUCCGUGGGACUUUAGUAGGGAUUUCCUGCCGUCUUCAGCUUAUCGGUAUGAUACUUUGUUACCGUGA